ACAAGUUAUCGCAUAGGUACCUACUUGUGUCGGCGCCCGCGCCGGUCGCGUUAUCAAGCAUCGGCCAGUGUAGAACCGACCGCUGAAACAAUACACCGUACCAGCCGCCAUGUCGCUAGUCGCCAAAGCCUUCGAGUCCAGUAAAAUAGUUCCCGAUGUCAUCCCAGUAGCUCCUACAGCCAAUAUUGAGCUGAAAUACCCAAGCGGUGUUCAAGCGUCGCAGGGCAACGAGCUGGCUCCAACCCAGGUGAAGGACCAACCCACUGUCACCUACGAAGCUGAUCCUAAUGCCUACUACACUCUUGUGUUCACUGACCCAGACAACUACGAUGGCCCCGAGCUGGUAUACCGCGAGUGGCACCACUGGUUGGUUGGCAACAUCCCCGGAAACCAGGUGACCUCCGGCGAGACCCUCUCCGCGUACAUCGGCAGCGGCCCUCCGCAGGGCACCGGCCUCCACAGAUACGUGUACAUACUAUACAAACAGCCCUCCAAGCUCAGCUUUGAUGAGCCCAGGCUGACCAACAAAUCUAUCGACGGCCGCGCAGCUUUCUCUACCAAGAAGUUUGCGGAGAAAUACAACCUAGGCAACCCCGUGGCAGGCAACUUUUACCGCGCACAGUUUGACGACUACGUGCCGCUACUGUACAAGGGGCUCGGCGUUAAUGUCUGAAGAACACAAUUUAAUUAAAAAUAUAUUAUAUUAAUUAUUUAAAAAAAAAAAUAAAAAAAUAUUUCACUAUCCUAACCACAGAAUUUAACAGUGCUAUUACAAAACGAUGACAAAAGUUUGUGGCUGGUUACUGGGAAUAUGAGUCAAUGGUUACCUAUUUGGAAUAAAGAUUUUAUUAUUAAUA